AUGCUGCACCAUCUGAUGAUAGGGACUUGGACCCCUCCAGGGGCCAUAUUCACAGUCGAAUUCGAUGAUGAGAAAUUGACUUUGAAGCUGGUCAAGCGGACUGCUAUACCGCAAGAUGAGCCCAUCUCAUGGAUGACCUUUGACCACUCGAAGAAAAAUAUAUACGGCGCAUCAAUGAAGAAAUGGUCGAGCUACACCGUGAAGAGUCCGACUGAAAUCGAACAUUAUGCCUCGCAUGAGAUUGGAGGCCACCCAUCAGCAACGAGCGCAGAGUCCAACACACGAGCGAUCUUCCUUCUAGCAGCGCAAAAGCCCCCCUAUAAUGUCUACUGCAAUCCAUUCUACAAGUUCGCUGGCUACGGCAACAUCUUUUCCGUCCACAAGUCUGGGGCACUGAAGGAGAACAUCCAAGAUUACGAGUAUUGCCCCGAGUCCGCGAUCCACGGCAUGGUUUUCGACAGCUCUGAGAAAUACCUAUACUCUGCAGAUAUGUGGGCGAACAAGAUUUGGACGCAUAAGAAGGACCUGGAGACUGGAACCUUGACGACUGUUGGGAGCGUCGAUGCCCCUGAUCCGGGAGAUCACCCGCGGUGGGUGGAGUUACAUCCAGACGGGCACUACCUUUAUGCCUUGAUGGAGGGAGGCAAUAGGCUGGGAGUGUAUCUGAUAGACGAGAAGACACACUUGCCCGUGUUCACUCAGAUCACAUAUCCCCUCAUUCCACCAGGAAUGGGCACCUCCUUCCCCAAAAUGUACCGCUCCGACGUCGUUUUCCUCUCCCACUCCAAAACCUACCUCUUCGCGACCGCCCGCUCCAACUCGCCCUCUCUAACCGGAUACAUCUCCGUCUUCAAGAUCGGACCGACCGGCAAUAUUGAGCGGCAAAUCUGCAUGAAUCCGACGCCGACCAGCGGCGGUCAUUCAAAUGCCGUGAGCCCCUGCGACUGGAGCGACGAGUGGCUGGCGCUCACGGAUGAUGAGAAAGGGUUUGUGGAGAUAUAUCGGUGGAGAGAUGAGUUCUUGGGACGGGUGGCGCAUUUGGAUAUUCCGGAGCCGGGGUUCGGGAUGAAUGCGAUUUGGUACGAUUAA